AUGCCUUCUAUCAACGCCCUUAGCGCGGCCUUCCUGGCUGCCGCUGGUAGUGCUGUUGCUACUCAGUUUACAUUGACCGAUACCUACGAUCACACCAACUUCUUUGACAAGUUCACUUUCAACGACUCGCCUGACUCCAACUCGGGAUUCGUCGUCUACCAGAGCCAGGCCGAUGCUGUGUCUUCGGGCUUGGCCAAGAUCACCAGCAACAACGAGGUCUACCUUGGUGUUGACCACAGCACUGUCCUCAAGGGCGCUGGCUUCCCCGGCCGUAACUCCAUCAGACUCGAGUCCAAGGCUUCUUACAAGCACGGCCUCAUCGUCGCCCGAUUCACCCACCUGCCUACCAACCGCUGCGGUAGCUGGCCUUCCUUCUGGACUCUGGGUGACAGCUGGCCCAACGAUGGAGAGAUUGACGUGUACGAGGGCUGGAACAACAUUGUCAACAACCAGCCUGCCUUCCACGUCGGCGACAGCAAAACCUUUGGUCAGUGCAUUCUCGAGAGCGCUGGCCAGACGGCGUCUGUUGCUACGAGCAACUGUGACAACACCUUCCAGAGCCCCCCUAGCCAGUACCUCAACCAGGGAUGCCAGGCCACCGAUAGCAAUGGCCCUUGGGCUUCCAGCAACGGCGGUACCUAUGCCAUUGAGUGGACCAGCGACUACAUCAAGCUGUACAACUGGGCUCGCGGCUCCGAGCCUGCCAACCUGGCCUCGGCCACGCCCGACACCGCUACCUGGGGUACUCCCGCGGUCAGCCUGCAGAACUCCAACUGCAACAUCGACAGCCACUUCAACAGCCAGCGCAUGAUCCUCGACAUCGACUUCUGCGGCAACCCCGUGGGCACCCCCGCCUACUGGCAGCAGGGCUGCUCCGCCUCCACCGGCCAGUCCACCUGUGCCGACUACGUCGCCAAGUUCCCCGGUGACUUUGCCGAGACCUUCUUCCAGAUCCAGGACAUCCGCUACUUUACGGAGGGUGCUAGCAAGCCUGCUUCGUCCUCU